AUGUGGGUCCUCAUCUGGGCAGCUCUACUUCUCUCUCUGACAGAGAGAACCACAUGCAACAGUAAGGUCCCUUUUAUCACUACUAUUGGUAAUGUAAUAAUCAUUAGUAGAUGUGGUAGUAGUAGUGGUAUGGCAAAUAUCUCAAUAGAUACUAUAUCAUACAAAUGUUACGAACAAGUGAAGUAGUAUCCAAGUGCUUUCUGCAUUACUCAUGGCUGUAUUAAUUUCCCUCCAUCAGAACAGCCACCACCACCACCACCACCAGCAUCACCCUGGACCAUCACCUUCAGUCCAGCAGAGAUAACAGCAGAGAUGGGACUAUGUGCUGUUAUUUCAUGUACCUUCAGUCAUGCAGAGAACUUCAAUCCUACUGCAGCAAUAUGGUUUAAAUGCUCUAAAAAUGGCAAAUGUGAUCAGGAUGAAAACAUAAUUAUCCACUCUGAAACUCCCUCUAAAGCUCAGGAGGGUUACAGAAAGAGAGUGUCUCUACUGGAGACUGAUCUGACAAAGAAGAACUGUAGUGUAAUCAUCAACAACAUCAGAAAGAAUGAUGCUGGAGAGUAUCAGUUCAGACUGCUAAGUGCAUAUACAUACUCCAAGAAAGUGAAAAUCACAGUGAGAGGUAUUUCAUGACUAUUAUUGUCAGUUACAGUGACAGACUAUUACUGUAGUUCAUUGUAUACAGUACACACUUGCCAAGUUCCCUCUCAAGAUGUCAUUACUGGGAAGACUCCUAUUCAGACUUAGCACAUCAAUGCUGCUCUCCUUUGGCUGAUUAUGUGUCACUGCUGUUUAGUACACAUAUGUAAAACUCACUUCUGUGUUUGUAUUUCCUGUCUCCAGCUCUGACCCAGAAGCCCUCAGUGUUGACUCCUCCUCUGACAGAGGGAGAACCAGCUACUCUGACCUGCACUGCCCCGAGGAUCUGCUCUGGAACUCCUCCUAACAUCACAUGGACAUGGAGAGGGACAGGAGACAACAUCACUGAGCUCAGAGACAAUACCACCAUACAGAAGAGAGAGGACCUGACCAGCAUCACAACAUCCCACUUCUCAACUUUGACCUUUACCCCCUCAGCUGAGCACCACAACAUGAAGGUUACGUGUCAAGUAACCUUUCAGAAAAAACAUCAAAUUGAAGAGACAGUAACUUUGAAUGUGACAUGUGAGUACCAUGUCACCUACAUUUUACAUUAAACACCUUAUUCCAGAAAAUCUUUGAAACCUAGGAAUAACCUUGAUAACAAGCAGAUGAUACAAUAUGCAGGCUAUACGCAGUUAUGUCAUGGCUUUGACCUUUUCCCUUGCUUUUUAAUCAUGAUCCAUUGUAAUUAGUCCCUCAACCAAUAUAGUUUGAAUUUAGUGUAUGUGUAACAAUACAUGUGUAAAAUUAGAAACUCUAUGCACUAAAGAUGUGAAAGACCCCCAAAUAACUGGAAAUAAAAUAGUGAAGGAGGAUGGUACCCUGGAUCUGACCUGUAAUGUUGACAGUUACCCACCAUCUGACAUCACAUGGAGUAAGAAAAGGACAAGUGCCCCACUUCAGAAUUACACUGAAAAGGCCACUCUCACCAUCUCCAAUGUGACAAGAGAACAUGCUGGGGAGUAUGUGUGUACAGCGCAACACCUCAACAGGACUAUGACAGCUUCCACUGUUGUCACUGUGAUGUGUAAGUACAAACAGUACAAACUUGAUUGAAAUAUACAAACUCAUUUCAUAUUUUAAGAUCUGGAAUUGUUUUUAGCAUCAAUCUAUCACUGAUCUCUCUCUCUUCACUGUCUUUUCCAGACCAUCCUGUGAUUCUUCCUGGCUCUGGGUGUGUGGAUCAGGCAGAGGUCAUGACCUGUGUGUGUGUCAGUCAGGGGGUUCCCUUACCCCUCAUAGAGUGGCCACUGCUGGAGCUCAACACAGAGAAGUACAGCCUCACUACAUCAGUGUUCGGGUCCUCAGUGAACAGCACCAUCUGCCUGCCUGUUAGAAACCACACCAACAACACCAGUGUGGAGUGUGUCAGCAGAAAUACUGUGGGUGUAGUGAGAGGGAAGUUGCAGGAAACGCAAGAAGGAAGGAAACAGAGAGGUGCUAUAAUUUAAAGAAAAAUCAUGCAGAUAUUUUUUCCCGUAGACAGUAUUAACUUGGCACAGAUUGCAAUUGUAUUGUGUCAAGGUUGUGGUGUGGUUAUUACAUGAGGUCUAAGAUUGCUCUAAUGACACUGUUUCUCUCUUCAUCAAUUGUAGAUCUUUCUGAAGGAUGUGGGAAUGCAGUUCUCCCCUGGACCAUAGCUGGUGUGUCUCUCAGUGUGACUGUUGCCAUCCUCAUCUACCUGUCUUCAAAUGCUUACAUACGGUAGGAUCCUUUUCACUUAUUGCACAAUAGAGACAAAAUUAUGUAGAAUAUAGAAGUAUUUUUACAUGAAAAGGAAACUUUAUUUCUCAAAGUAUCUGUUGUAAGCCCAGACACUGUCUGAUAAGAUGCUUGCUAUAGGCCUAGAUUUACUUUUUCUGAGUGCUAGAAGUAACUUAACCCUUCCACUUGUUUUUUUCUUGUGGUUCUCAAAGGAUGCAAGGUAUGAAUGGGAAGCCAAAAGAAGAGGAGAGCACCUACAUCUCAUUGGAUAAAAAAGACAUGUCUCAGGAAGAGUAUGAGGUCAUUGCCAGGCGUCCAAGAUGA